CGGGUCUAUUUUUCUUUCUAUUCGUGUUCUCCAUUGCAUCUGAAAAAGAAUAUCUGCGUGCGUUAUUGGUUGGUUUUUGGAGCGGGAUAUAGAAAUAAUAAUCUUCUUUGCCAAAUGAGAAGCGGUUUGUGGUUACAUGUUCGCAUAUUGUUUUCAACGCGACUAUGAUAAGUGGAGCUAAAAGGGAUGUUUCUAUACCAAGGUGAAACAGAAUAACCUCCUUGAAGACUGACCCACGUUUUCGCGAGGGCCACCGGCUACACGAAAAUCCUGGUUAAGAAAAACACAAAACAUGGCUGCGAAAGAAACCAGGAAGUUUCGUCUCCGGUCCAAAGGUGUCUCUUCUUAAGUCUGUGACAGAAACCGGCUUCGGAGUUCCAGCGCUUGGUCCAGGAAAGUUUGAAUGUUGCACCUGUUCCUUAAGAAGGAUGGAGGAGAUCUUGGCUAAACUGUGUAGAACCAGUCCAAUAGAUCCACUUCCUUUCUGGGUCAAUGGCAAUAUUGGGCACUGUUUUAAUCAGCUGAUUUUUAAUGUUUUCCCCCAUAUAACCCUUGCUGUAGUCAGUGCUUGCUACAUAGGAACACCAAGGUUAUUAGGCUCUCACGUUGUGUACAGACCUGGGUGGAAGUGCAGGAUUGCUGUGUCCUUUGUCCUUGCUGGCUUGCCCAUUCUUGACAUAAUUGCUGCAACCAUUUGGCGACAGAAAUUGGAUCCCUUAUACCUGGACGUACUGUCAGAUGGCAUAGCAACAUUGGCAUGGCUUACACAUGGCUUGGCACUCCUUGCUUUUUACAAGUCUCCUUACAGCUACAAGCGUGGACCAGCAAUUCUACUGAUCUUUGUCUUUCUCACUAUCCCUUCCCUUAUCAUCACUCUAGUGUGGCGUUGCCAGAGUGAGAUGGGUGAUCGGCGCCUUCAGCCUCUUACUAUCUUCAGACUCUCUAUCCUUUCCUUCCAGUUGACAUCUCUGCUUUUUUAUAUAGUAGGGUACAUCAUCCCUGUAGUUGGCAGUCAAGAUUUGUUUUCUAUCAAUGACUCUGGGCAGCAUGAAUUCCUGAUCACAGCCUCUGAGAUUUCUGUACCAGCUUGGCAGAGAACAGCAGAAGAUGGAGAGAGCUGGCUCUCUCGUUUCUCUUAUGCUUGGAUGAACCCCCUUAUGAAGCAUGGCUACCAAUGGAUGCUGAAUCAGCCACAAGAUGUCUUUCAGCUUCCUCGACAACUCCAGACUGAAAGAAUCUGUGAGCGCUUCCGAUCUUGCUGGCAAGAAAAGGCAGUGCUUAUUCAAAAGGAAGAGAACACUACAUCAUCCACUGACAGAUUAUUUGCACAAAGUGGUGAAUAUUCAUCUCCAGCAUGUACUCAUAAUGCCCAAAGGUCUGUACGUCUCUUGUCAGUGUUGCAUGGCGUUUUUGGCCUACGUUACUAUUCUCUGGGCCUUCUCAAACUGGCUGGCAGUCUGUUGGGGUUUUCUGGACCCCUCCUUCUGAACUUGCUGGUCAGUUUCAUGGAGUCACGGCAAGAACCUCUGAGCCAUGGAUUGAUGUAUGCUCUGGGACUCUUUGCAGGUUCCUUCCUGGGUGCUAUUUUGCGUAACCAGUUUAAUUAUGAAAUCAACAAAAUGAUGCUUGCUGUGCGCACUGCAGUCAUUUCUGCUAUCUAUCAGAAAGCUCUUUGCGUGAGUGAUAGUAGUUUAGCUGGCUUCACCACAGGUGAGAUUGUCAACUUUAUGAGCACAGAUACUGAUCGGUUGGUCAACUUCUGCCUCAGUUUUCAUGAAUUGUGGAGUCUUCCCUUCCAGUUUGCCAUCACUCUCUACCUCCUUUACCAACAGGUAGGCAUAGCCUUCCUGGGUGGACUGGCUCUGGCUCUGUUACUUGUGCCCAUCAAUAAAGUUAUUGCUAAUCGCAUAUUGGAAAACAACAAGGAGAUGCUAAAGCAUAAGGAUGCACGUGUCAAGCUGAUGACAGAGUUUUUGUGUGGCAUGCGAGUGAUCAAGUUUUAUACCUGGGAACACCAUUUUGGUACUAGAGUGUAUUCUUGCCGAGCCAAGGAGUUGAAAAGCCUGCAAGCACUCAAGUACUUAGAUGCUGUGUGCGUCUACCUCUGGGCAGCCUUGCCUGUAGUUGUCUCCAUUGUCAUUUUCAUCACUUACGUUCUACUAGGACAUCAACUCUCAGCAACUAAGGUGUUCACUGCUUUGGCACUUGUUGGGAUGGUCAUUCUCCCGCUCAAUAAUUUCCCCUGGGUGCUGAAUGGGAUCUUGGAAGCCAAAGUAUCUCUGGAUCGAAUCCAGCAUUUUCUUGAUCUUGCAGACCAGGAUUUGGAUGCUUACUACAGCAAAGCCAAACCCUCUGAUCUGUCUUCUGCCUUGGAAAUGCACCACUCCAUCUUCUCAUGGUCACCAGCAAGCAAAGAAAACAUUGAACCAUACAUACCUAGAGGAGGUUCACAACUUUUUAUUCAAGAUCUGAUUGUGCCAAAGGGUGCACUGGUAGGAGUCAUUGGGAAGGUUGGAUGUGGAAAGAGCACUUUGCUUGCAGCUAUCACUGGAGAACUCAGAAGUCAAGGUCAGCAGGUUUACGUUCAGGAUUUGGAGAAAGGAUUUGGCUUGGCCACACAAGAGCCCUGGAUUCAGUUUACCAGCAUCCGGGAAAACAUCCUCUUUGGGAAGGAAUAUGAUGCCAGAUUCUAUCAGGAAGUAAUAGAGGCCUGUGCUCUCUCUGAUGACUUGAAUAUUUUGCCAGCAGGUGAUCAGACAAUGGUGGGCGAGAGUGGAGUUAGUCUCAGUGGAGGACAGAAAGCUCGAGUUGCACUUGCUAGAGCGGUUUACCAGGAGAAAGAAAUAUAUCUUCUUGAUGACCCACUAGCAGCUGUGGAUGCAGAUGUAGCUAAUCAUCUCAUGCAGCAGUGUAUUCUGGGAAUUCUGAGGCAUAAGACCAGGAUUCUUUGCACCCAUAGAAUUGAGUUUUUGGAAAAGGCUGAUAUUUUACUGCUAAUGGAUGAUGGCAGGAUACUCAAGCAAGGAACCCCAACUGAGAUUCUGCCACUGGUACAGUCUGCCCCUAACCUUAGGAAGAUGGACAAGAGAAAGAAGGACAAAACACCCACUGAAUACAGCCAAGAAGAAGAUCUGGAGUCUGAGGAAGAAGAACCAAAUCCAGUAAAUAAUCUUCUGAAGCAAGAGGAAGAGAAGAAAGAAGGAGCAGUGGCUUUCCAUGUCUACCAAGCAUAUUGGCUGGCAGUUGGCAGCUGCCUAGCAUUAUCUGUCCUUCUCUCCUUGCUGUUGAUGCAAGCUUCUAGGAACGUUUCUGAUUGGUGGCUGUCAAAUUGGAUCUCCAGCCUACCCCAUACAGAAAACACCUCUGCCAGCAACCUACCCAUUCUGAUUAAUUCGCAGCUGCUGCUCUUCUCUCAGGGAGGACUCCUUUCCCCAGUCUUGGCCUCCAUGUCUCCCAAUGGCACUUCAGAUGUGAACUUUUACUUGACUGUGUAUGGUUCCAUUGCUGGGGCAAAUUCUGUCUUCACGAUCCUGCGGGCCUUCCUUUUUGCCUAUGGCACCAUUCAUGCUGCAACAGUAAUUCACAAUAGGUUACUCAGCAGAGUGAUGAAGGCCACAGUGACUUUCUUUGACACCACACCAACAGGCCGUAUCCUGAACCGCUUCUCUUCCGAUUUGUAUUGUGUGGAUGACAGCCUGCCUUUCAUUCUCAACAUCUUUCUGGCCAACAUAUUUGGGCUGCUGGGCAUGCUGGUGAUGAUCACCUAUGGGUUGCCUUGGAUUGGUAUAGUUCUACUGCCUCUGGCAGUCGUCUACUAUUCUGUUCAACGCUAUUACCGGUGCACUUCACGUGAACUCAAGCGUCUCUCCAGUCUCACCCUCUCUCCUAUCUACACUCAUUUCUCGGAGACCUUGACAGGUCUUAACACCAUCCGGGCAACUAGAGCUACAAAAAGGUUUGAGACAGAAAACCAGCUGAGAUUAGAGUUGAACCAGCGUUGCUGUUUUGCCAGCAACACUGCCAUGCAGUGGCUGGACAUUAGGCUGCAGAUGAUUGGAGUUGCUGUAGUUACAGCUAUUGCAGGAAUUGCCAUCAUCCAACACCAGAAGAAACUGGGAAACCCAGGUCUUGUGGGGCUUGCCCUUUCCUACGCCCUGUCAGUUACAAACUUGUUGUCUGGUCUCAUCACCAGCUUUACCCAGACAGAGACCAUGAUGGUGAGUGUGGAACGGGCAGAGGAAUAUGCCACAGAGAUUCCCAUAGAGCCACAGGAGGAGCUGCUCCAGGUUGCACCUGACUGGCCAAGUCAAGGUCACAUUGAAUUUCAGCAAGUAGUACUGGCCUAUCGAUCUGACCUACCCAAUGCCCUUGAUGGGGUAACUUUCACUGUCUAUCCUGGGGAGAAAGUCGGUAUCGUUGGGCGUACUGGGUCUGGCAAGUCCACUCUCUUUUUAGCCCUCUUCCGUAUGGUGGAACUGAAAGCUGGUCGUAUUCUCCUGGACAACAUUGACAGCCAUUCUGUAGGCUUAAAGAAACUGAGGUCUAGAUUGGCCAUAAUCCCUCAGGACCCCUUUUUGUUCAGUGGGACAGUCCGUGAGAACCUGGACCCUCAGGGACGAUACACAGAUGCUGACUUGCACCAAGUCUUGGAGCAGUGCCACCUGCAGGCAGUGAUUGCAGAAAUGGGUGGGCUGGAUGGUGAGCUGGGGGAGAGAGGCAAGAGCCUCUCUGCAGGACAGAGGCAGCUAGUUUGUUUAGCAAGGGCACUCUUGACCCAGGCAAAGAUUCUCUGCAUUGAUGAGGCUACAGUGAGUGUGGAUCAAAAGACAGACAGAUUGCUCCAGCAGACCAUCCGCCAGCGAUUUGCAGACAAAACUGUCCUGACGAUUGCUCACAGGCUGAACACGAUCCUGGACUCUGACCGAGUGCUGGUGAUGCAUGCUGGGAAGGUGGCAGAACUGGAUUCCCCUGCUGUUCUCAGCCAGAAGCCGGACUCCUUGUUUCAGCACCUCCUGCACAGUGGGCAGCAGUGAAUUGCGAAGAUUCAUGUUUGA